AUGUUUUUCAAUGCAGUAUACUAUCCUAAUUGGCACGUCUACAGCGAGAGGCCACCGUCGAACCUAAACUUCUCCGUCAUCUCGCAUGCCUUCUACGCAUUUGCCUGGGUUAAACCUGAUGGCUCGAUUUAUUUGAGCGAUGAAUGGGCCGACGACCAGAUGGAAGUGGAUGGGGAGAAGGGUGCAUUGCGUGCAUUUGGCGCUCUGAAGCGUCGCCACAACAUCCUUAAAGUGGUCCUAUCCAUCGGCGGCGGAGGCAAAGGCAGCGAACCGUUUGCUGCCGUUGCCGCAGAUCCAACAGCCAGGGAAACCUUUGCGAGGUCGGCUCGAGCAUUGGUUGAUCAGUAUGGACUGGAUGGAAUCGAUAUCGACUGGGAGCAUCCUUCCGACCACCAGCAGGGGAUCAACUAUCUGCAUUUGCUCGCAGCGUUGCGACGAUACCUCCCUGCCCCGCAGUUUAUGCUCACGUCGGCAUUACCAGCUGGGCAAUGGGCGCUGCAGCAUAUUGAUCUCGCGCAAGCCGCGCAGUACCUUGACCUGAUCAAUGUUAUGACCUAUGAUUACUCUGGUCCAUGGGUGGAUCGAACUGGCCACCACGCUCAACUCUGUUCUCCUUCACGACCGCACAAUGAUGCGGCCAAGAUAUCCGGGCAGUCCGCCGUCCAGUACUUGCGGAGUCGUGGAGUACCGGUAUCGAAGAUCCUCUUUGGUGUUCCGACCUAUGGUAGAUCAUUCCUUGGAGCUAAGAAGGUGGGAGACCGCUAUAAGGGAUGCGGGGGCAAUGAAGGGACGCACGACUAUCGAGAUUUACCACUACAGGGCAGCCAAGAAUCUACGGACAACCAGACUGGCUCCGCAUAUUGCGUUGGGAAGGAAGGCUUCGUCAGUUACGACAAUCCACAGACGGUGGCGAUGAAAGGUCAGUUUGUCAAACAAAAUGGCUUGGCUGGGUUGUUUUAUUGGACAGGGACGGCGGAUUCGAGGGAUGAUAAACGCAGUUUGGUCCUUGGUGGAUAUCUGGCGAUGCAUUCUUAG